GACAUUCCCAGUCCAAUGUCGUCAGUCUCGUUCACAAGUUCCUCCUCUGAUGAUGAGGGGAAGGCUGCGAUGAGAACUAUGACGCCGAUAGUCUUGCUCCCCAGCGACACACUUGACUCUGAUACUAAAAUAUCCAGCAAAUGUUGGAACGGGAGAAUGGCGGAUAUGCGUCCCUGGUGCCCAAGUGAGUCCUCUAUUCACGGUACGCCGUCUUUGAGUAAAGGCAAAUCCAGAUCUCGUUUCCCUCCGUCAGAGGUACUUUUUAAGAAGGACGGGAAGGUUGUCACAAUUAUAGACUCCCCUAUCAAUGAUGAAAUGAAAACCAUGGCAUUGUUAACCUUAGCUUGUCCAAAAUGGGUGUGUCUUCCUGGAAUUCCAUCAGCUUUGACGCCUACAGUCGCGUCAAAUCCGGUCAACCUCCUCCCAUCAAUUCCAGCCACAUCCAGUAUGGAUGGUAUUCCAUCUUCGCUCAGAGCCGACACCAGAAACUGGGACCUUAUUGGAAUUCGGCACUCGUUGUGGGCGAGAGGAAAUAAAAAUGGGUCUGAAUUGACACUGGAGAACGACAAAAUGCAUUUGAAAGGAGGUAGUUUGCUUCUUCCGUGUUGCCCAAGAGAAUCCAGCACCCCUGGUUGUCCUUCUGCGCAACAACCGGGACUCUUGACAGCUGAUCAAUUCAUGACUCGCGGCGUCGAUGAGCCCAGUAUGGUUCGUCUUUCGAGAUCGUGUUCAAAAGCCUCACGAAUCCCGGGAUUUGCGUCAUUGGAUGGGACAAGAGAAUGGACCGUCAACAGACAGCGACUCUUUCAGUCCAGAAAGGCUGAAAGGAAGACAUCGUUGAUUGGAAGGUUUCACAAAGACGAGAUCUCAGUGAAGACAAUGGCUUCCCUUGUGCCAUCGUGUCCGAAAGAGGCACUGACGCCAGGAUUCCCCACUCAUCCAAGCCCAACAACCGCGUAUUGUGCACCUAAUAUUAUUAGCCUCAAUACAUUAUCCUCCUCCUAUGUUUCAAACAUUCCCGGUUUCCCAUCAGUUGACGGAAGUGAGAGCAUUGGAUGGGUGAUGGGAAAUGAGUCACUGUCAAAGAAGGAGACCAAUAAGGGUUCCAUAUGGCACAUGACAAAUGAGCGCAAAAUUAAGUGGGAAAACAUGCACCCGCUUGUACCAUCCUGUCCGAAAGCCUCACUCAUAACUGGUAUCCCGUCCGACCCACGUCCCAGAAAGCUGUAUUAUCGCUCAAAUAUAGUAAACCUGCUUCCUUCGUGCCCUUCAGUUUCUACUGUCCUUGGAUUGUCAUCGAUUGAAGACAAUGAGAAAAGAUGGAUUGUUGAGCAAGGUUCUAUGGUUUGCAAACCACAAAAGAGCAUAAAGUGGAAGAUGAACUCUGUGCCAGUCGAGCUAGACAAAGCUAACAACAUGUUUGCCAUUGCGCCUUCUUGUCCUGAAGCAUCCAAAAUCCAAGGACUUCCCUCAGCACCUAAGCGCAAAUUCAACACUGAAGCAAACAUCAUCAAAUUGGUACCUUGCUGCCCAAGGUCUUCGUCUCUUAAAGGAUUUGCAUGCGUUCCUACAAGCCCAAUGGUAGGGUGGCUAGAUGAGAGAAAACCCGUUAUGAGAACACCUCUGAGAAAGUGGGCAGACAAGAUCGUAACACUUGAUGAGGAGAAGCAAAACGGGAGCAGCAUGGCAAAAAUGAUAACAUCGUGUCCCAAAAAAGCGAGACUCCGUGGCUUUCCGUCUGCUCUCGUUCCGAACAAACCACCAGAACUUGUCAGCUUGUAUGCAACUGCUCCAUGUGUUUCCUGCGCCCCCGGUUUCCCAUCAGCGAGGAUGGUUGGCUUUGAACCUUUGACGACACAAAACCAAUACCUGUGGAAGAAGAUCCUGUUUGUGGACCUGCAGAAGUGCAAAACGUAUCUCAUGAGCGAAUCCCUUGAAAAUUAUGAACGAGAAGAACUUGAGCGCACGGUAUUAAUGGCGCCAUCGUGUUCACGUCGGACUAAAAUUCCUGGAUUUCCAAGCAUUUCUGUCUUGAACACAACAUGGAACGAAACAAACCAGUUGCCUGAUGGCGCUGUGCUGCCAAAUCAGCCACAAGUCACGCAUGGCAGUGGUACCGGCAGAGUACUUGCAUCUGAGGAUGAAUACGGCGGCGCUACAAGUCACAGCCCAGAACCUUCGUUAGAUAACGACUUAAACGGAGUCGCAGCACAGAAGAAAGAUGGGGACACAUCAGACCCCGACGUCGUCUUGGGCUGGGAAUUACUGGAGGUAGAGGGAACCAUUGAAAAACAGAGAGAAUCAUCAUCAUCAUCUUCAGCAGCAAACGAGGAAGCCAUUCCUGGAAUAGUCCAAACUAUUGUGGGUGUUUUCCAUAAAGGUAGCAGUUCACACGUGGACAAAAAUAAUACCCAAGUGCUUGGUUUCCACCAAACGUUGACACCAACAAAACCUGAAGACGGGUUGGCAUCUCCAGAAAAUCUUUCAGGAAGUCAAAUCCUGGUGACUUCCAGCCAGUCUCUGCUCGAGUGGUGCAAGGAGGUCACUCAGGGACACAAGGGACUGAAGAUCACCAACUUCAGCACCUCGUGGAGGAACGGCCUGGCUUUUUGUGCCAUCUUGCACCAUUUCCAUCCAGAAAAGAUUAAUUAUGAAUUAUUGGACCCCUACGACAUCAAGCACAACAAUAAAAGGGCCUUUGAUGGUUUUGCCGAGCUCGGCAUCUCCAGGCUGAUGGAACCUUCAGACAUGGUCAUGCUGGCCGUGCCCGAUCGCCUCAUUGUCAUGACUUAUCUGAGCCAGAUUCGCACUCAUUUUAUGGGCCAGGAGCUAAGCGUUCUUCACAUCGAGAAGGACGCCAGCGAGUCGAGCUACGCGUUCGCGGCGGACCGGGAGAGCGAAGAGGACCCCCAGGCCGCCGUCCGCUACUGCACGCAGAGGCUUCAGGAAGAGGGCAUCGGUCUGGAGACGAACGGCUCUGUUAGCGCGGCACACGACGGCGAAAGCAACGAGGGUGCAGCUCCGCCGCCCAGGAACAAAUGCGUGCAGGCAUCUGGGGCCGGGGAUGCUCAGUCCCCGGUUGCACCGCCGAGAACUCACUUCACGUCCAAGUGUGGUUUCUCUCACGUGAAAGAUGCCGAUCUAGUGAAGAAGCGCAGGUCUCAGCGGAGGAGUGCGUCUGACGAUGAUGGAGACACAUCCGUGGGUGUUACGGAACAAGAAGACAGUGGAAGUCUCACGAUCGAAACUACGGGGACUCUGGCCGAGGUGGGAAGACGAGAAGGCCAGGACCCAAGCCAGUAUGUACUCAGUCAAAUGGAAGCCCUGGAAGCAGAACAAAACCACAUCGACACCAGAGCUGCAGUGGUUGAGAGGAAACUCCGACAGCUGAUGGAAACGAGUAGCGACAAGGUGGAGGAGGAAAGGCUGAUUCAGGAGUGGUUCACGCUGGUCAACAAGAAGAACGCGUUAAUUCGAAGACAGGAUCACCUGCAGCUGCUGCUGGAGGAGCACGAUUUGGAAAGAAGGUUUGCGCUGCUGACCAAAGAGCUGCGGGACAUCAUGGCCCUUGAAGAAUGGCAGAAGACGGCGGCGCACAAGCGCAGGGAGCAGCUGCUGCUGCAGGAGCUGGUGGCACUGGUGGACCAGAGGGACGAACUGGUCCGCAAUAUGGACGCCAAGGAGAGAGGCGCCCUGGAGGAGGACGAGCGGCUGGAACGAGGCCUGGAGCAGCGGCGGAGGAAGUACGCCAAGCAGCAGAAGGAGAAGUGUCUGAUGCAGUGAUCUCUGCCGCGGACGGGAGCUUUUGGAAUCGGGAUUUGAAUUGACGGGCCACCCGCGCGGUAAAGGAGCGGACUCUGGGUGGCGCUGAAAGCUUCCACCGGCACUCCUCUGCAAAGGUCUGUUCAGAAUGCGACGUUUGCUUAUUAUUUGUCAUUUUCCAAAUGAAUCUCGGAUUCACUUCGGCCAUAUCUGCUGCUUUUGGACAAUUGUAUUAAGUACGCCGUGCGCGGAUUUUCCUCGAUUCCAGGAAUAAGAGAUUUGAUCUCAAAAAUGUAAUUUUAUCCCCAAAAGCCAUGUUACUGUUAUGUUACGUAAUCGAGUAAUAACUUAUUUUUGUUGUUACUGAGGGUUGUUUGUUACAAAACAAAAAAUAGGAGCUCCUUCCUUUUUAACGUUCUUUUAUUCUGGAUUUUGAAAGUGACAAAAAUAUAGAGAUAAAUAUGAACAAUUUACCACAUUGAUGUGGGUUACUUGGGCAGUGAGCCACAUGAAUCAUCAUCCUGUUGGAAAGAGGAUGAAUUUGGUCAUUUUUAAUUUAUUGGAGCUUUUAUUUAUUCUGUCUCACCUGCAAAACUCCAGCCUUGUCCCCCUCCCUUUUUUUUUUUUUUAUCCAUAAAUGUACUUUUUCCCGCAUUGCAGCGCCUGCGUCGUGCCGCUUUUGCACGUUGAGGAUUACAUAAGAACUUUUGCAUUCACAGGAAACGACACGUUAUUCAUUUUUAAGUCGUCCUUUAAUCUAAUCGGAGCUGAUUCAAGCAUGCACGUUUGCGGGAAUAAGAUUGCGCGGCGACUGCACGAUUGAAAUGAAAGUCGGAUUUUGGACCACUGAGUGUUUCCAGAAAUACUGGUUUUGUUCAGAAGAAUGUCAACUGUGUGACUUUGAGGAAGCCGAACCGACCGUUGGGUUCAUGUUGACGUUUGCACACUUGCCAUGUUUGCAAAGCCCGAAAUAUGUUGCUGCAUUAAAAAGCGAUGUGUUGUCAA